CUCAUUAAGUCCCAAACGGUCAUGGGUGGGAGACAAGACUCCAGAUUCCUUACAUUUGUGGUACUGCUGGUUUUAUAAUUGAAGUUUCCAGCGGCUGUCUAUCAAUUUAUGGUUCUUCGAUAUGCAAGAAAACACCGAGAAAUCAUCGCGGGGAAGCCAUUCCCAGUUCAAGCCCGGUCACGAGAUACCAAUUCAACACCAAAAGACGCCAGGCUUGCAGGCUGAUCUCGAAGAACCGAAGCCAGCGUCCAGCCAUAUACCCGCUGAGGAUGGGGGUUAUCAAAGCUACAAAGCAGCAGGGAAGUUGAUCGGUAAACGCGCUAUAAUCACUGGCGGCGACUCAGGAAUUGGACGUGCCAUAGCCAUAUUAUUUGCAAUGGAAGGAGCGACAAGUCUGAUAGUCCAUUUGCCAGAAGAGGAAAAAGACGCACAAGAAACAAAAACGAGGGUGCAAGAGGCUGGACAGGAAUGUCACAGCAUGGCCACCGACCUUCGCGAAAGAGAGAACUGCCGCAAGGUGAUUGAUACCGCACUAGAAAAACUAGGUGGCAUCGACAUCCUAGUGAACAAUGCCGGGACGCAGAAUAUGAUCGAGGACCUUAAGGAUUUAGAAGAGAGCCAGUGGGUAAAGACAUUUGAUACCAACAUCCAUCCCCUCUAUUACCUUUCCAAAUAUGCUCUCCCUCACUUGAAGCGCGGCUCAACCAUAAUCAAUUGUGCAUCUGUCAAUGCUUACGUCGGCCGGCCUGAUCUUCUCGACUAUACGUCGACAAAGGGAGCCAUUGUUGCGUUCACGCGAGGUCUAUCUAACCAGCAACUCAAGAAUGGCAUUCGUGUUAAUUGUGUUUGUCCAGGGCCAGUCUGGACCCCGCUUAUCCCUGCCACUAUGACAACCACUGCGAUGGAGCAAUUCAGCUCCGUACCAAUGGGCCGUCCAGGGCAGCCUAGUGAAAUAGCGACUUGUUUUGUUUUUCUUGCGAGUGCGGAUAGUAGCUAUAUCUCAGGACAGUGCUUACAUCCGAAUGGAGGCGUAGUUGUGAACGGGUGACUGAUGUAUCCAUGGGAGAGCAGAAACCUAGCAAAAUACACACAUGAAUCAUAUUUUA